UUUCCCUGGGAACCGACAGCGGCGGCCCGUCUCCAUGGUGACGCUGUACGGAGAGAUCCACGGAGGAGCAUGAGCCGGACCCUGACCACCCAGACCCGGGCGGGCCCCGGGGGCCCCUACAGAGCCAGCCGGACCUAUGACUUCCUCUACGAUCCAUUGUACACGUUAUCCAGUGAGAAGGACCAUGUACAGACCACAUACAGGGCGCACAUGUCCUAUGACAGAGUGCAAAGAGUCCCAGAAUACCCCACAAUGUUCAGCGAACUGGUCCACCACCCCCGCCACACCCUGCGCCUGCAACUUAGAGACCCCGUCCCAUCGUUUAUCGACCGCCAGUGGCGAGGAAGAGGAGAGCAAAGGAUGCUGGCUCUCAGGCAGCUGGCAGGAUCUCAGCCUACGUUCACAACUCCCUGGCAACAUGUGGAGAACCAAGACGUAUCUGGAAGCAACCGAUACAAAUAUUUUGAGAGGCCUUUGAUCCCGUUCUCCCAGCAAGCCCCAAGCAAUGUUCUCCUCGCUGGGUCCCGGAGGGAUCGCAGCCCGCGCCCGGAGAGGGCCCCCACCCCCUUGGUGCGCACAGUGGCAAUUCAGACGGAUUACCGUGAUAGCGAAACACAGACUGACCCCUACAGUCCAGAGUUUGUAGUGCAGGCUGGGUCUGUUCCAGAGAUACUGAUGCUGGCCAAUCUUACCUGGGGCCGUGGUCUCCCAGCUAGGCUGGCAGAAGUGGAGAUGAUAGAGCGGGCGAGAGAGAAGAGAGCCUGGGAGGCCACACUGCCACCUCUGAGCGAUGUGACCCAGCUGGAGAAGAGGAGGAAGAUGAUGGAUGAGCAGGAGAGGAAUGAGUGGGCCUUCCGGGAGCAGGAGAUGGAGAAGCUGCAGGAGGCUCGUCUGGAGGCACUGAAGAAGCUUCUCCAACAACGUAAAGCGAGUCGGCAUGAGGAGGACACAAAGCGGCUGGAUGGGAGGUGGGGCAAACUACAAACCGAGAAAGAAGAGAGAAUUAAGCAGAUCCAGAAAGAACACAUCAAAGCCAUCAGGAAACUAACAAAGAAGAUGGAAAACGUUGAAGGAAAGUUGGAGAAGCGCGACGUCCUCCAGGAUUACUCCAACUACGCCUCUCAGACGUACGCACCCCUCUCCCGCACCGGGUACUCCCUGGAUCGCCUCUCUGCUCAAUACUCAGUGAAAAGCCCGUUCCUGGACUCCUACCAAGGAUUGCUGGACCUGGAGGCCAACCUUCCAGAUUUUGUCACCCAGCCCCGUGUCCGCUCCCCCAAACACAGGACCACCACCAGGGACGGCUUCCUGAAACGUCAAGCUCUGCUGGACCGCGAGCUGAAGCAAGUCCACGAGGCUUUGCUGAAAAAGAAGAAUCGCUCUCCGGAGCCUGAGAAGCCUCUCCGCUUCUUACAGAAGAUCGAGAAGCCGGCUCCCCGGCCCGUCACCCCCAGAGUCCCGGAGCCCCCGGAGGGUGAGGAGGAAAAGGAGCUGGCUGUCAUCUUCCUGCAGAAAUUGAUCCGGGGGCGGGCCGUACAGAACAUGAUGUUUGAGGGGAAGGAGAAGCGCGUCGAGCUGAUCCGGGAACUGCGCACCACGCACGCUCUGCAGGAGGAGGGCCGGCGCCUGAAGAAGGAGGACAGACAGGAGACUCUGGCUCUGCAGCGUCAGCGGGAACUCGAUCAGCACAAAGCCGCCGCCCAGGAAGAGCACGUGUCCCGGCUGGAGGGGGAGGUCCUCUCAGAGACGUUCGACUUCCUCUCCAAAGAGCUGGUCCGCCUACAAGAAGAACGCAGGAUCCACGCCUUCGCCGUGCUCGCCGAACGCCACCGCCGCAUCCGAGAGGCGGAAGAAAGCGGGAGGAGACAGGUGGAGGAGCGGCGGAGGCGGGAGGAGGACGAGAUCUUCCGACAGGUUGUGAACAUUCACCAGAGCACCGUGGACUCGUACCUGGAGGACGUCAUCCUCGGCGCCACCCGGGACACGGCGGAGGAGCAGGCGCGGGAGGAGAUCCAACGCAGAGCCCAGGAGAUCAACGAGAUCGCUUACCAGAUGGAGAGCAGCCGGACUCGGUUGCAGUCGGAGGAGAUCGUGGCGGAGUUGGUGUACAGCUUCCUCAUCCCGGAAAUCCAGAAGACCGCCGUCCGGGGGAGAGUGAGGAGCUCCCAGAGGAGACACAUUGCGGCCGCCCAUCGGAUCAUUCAUGGAAAUACCGAGACCUUACUGAGCGCCGAGGAGAACCAAUCACAGCCGACUACAGAGGCGGAGGGAGAAGGGGAGGAGCCGCAGUGACGUCACAACGCCAUGCUCCGCCUCUAAUCACCGGAGGAAGAGAGAACAAGAUCCAAAGAUUACAACCAAUCCGCCUCAUGUGACGCAACGCUGACCAGAACAGCCAAUCAGAGGCCAGGAGACUUGGGUGGGAUUUGAUUGGCUGGCGUGGAGGCGGAGCUCAGGAGGUUUUACAGAGUUUGUUCUUGUAUGGAAUUCAAAUAAACUCCGCCCAGAACUGGGA